ACGGCCCGGACAGACCUCGGCAGUGCCCAUUUUAAGAACACAAGUAAUGUGCAGGAUAUGCAAUCCCCCUCAUCAGUCUUGGAGUCAGAGGACGUCGAGAGUCUAAAGUCUAGAUACUAUUGAUAGCUGAAAAAACAACGAUAUGACCGGAUACUUCGGAAAAAGGAUCGAUGCUUGGCUGAAGUCCAGAGGCGAUAGACAUGCAGGACUACGUACGAUGGAUCGUGGCUGCAUACGAGCAGACGAAUAACGGGCGUCUCGGCCUCAUCUUGGGCCGAUGCAGACACAACUUGAGUUCUGGCAGUGCAGCCACCAGUCUGACCGCAUCAGCGUCUGCCUUGUAAUCGGAGGGAUUGUUGGCCCGGCUGGAGUAAGGUGAGUCAGGGGUUGGGCCUCGUUUUUAUUUAUGAUUAUCAUCUUACCCCCUUGUCCAAAAAGAAUGCUGACCAUCGCAAAAUGGCUUCCCAAUACUCCAUCUCCCUCAUCGCAGGGGCGAUAGCUGUCUUUGUUUACGCGCUUAGUGUCCUCCGCCGCAAAUGGGCACAGUAUCGCUUCGCCCGUGAGCACAACUGCCAGGCUCCCCCGCGGAUCCCCUCCAAGGAUCCCGUCUUCGGGCUGGACACCACCUAUGCCACGAUUCAGAAUGUCAAGGAACACAAGUUCCUCGAGCGCGGGCAGGCCCGUUUCAAUGAAGUCGGCCACACCAUGAAGACCCGCCGCCUCCUCCAAACAAUCAUCCUCACCCGCGACCCCCAAAACAUCAAGACCGUCCUGUCACUACGCUUCAAGGACUACGCCCUGGGCCAACGUUACAAGACAUUCGGCUCCCUCCUCGGCCACGGCAUCUUCACCACCGACGGCGAGCACUGGGCGCAAUCGCGCGCCAUGAUCCGCCCCAACUUCGUCCGCGAACAGGUCGCCGACCUCGGCAUCUUCGAGGCGCAGAUGGCGGAUCUGCUGGAGUUGAUCCCCAAGGACGGCAGCACCGUCGACCUCCAGGACCUCUUCUUCAGCUACACCAUCGACUCGGCGACCGAGUUCCUCUUCGGGCAGAGCGUGCAGUCCCUGAAGAAGCGCCGCUCCGGCGGCCGCGACGCACACGUCGAGAACGACUUCGCCAGCGCGUUCAACUACGCGCAGCAUGCGAUCGCCACGCGCAUCCGGCUGGGCCCACUGGCUGCCUUCUACCGCGACCGCCAGGUGGAGCGGUGCAAUCGCGUCUGCCACGGGCUGGUGGAGCAGUUCGUCGACAAGGCGCUCGAGGUGCGGGCCCAGAACCUCGACGACAAGGCCCUUGAGGAUGGCGACGGCGAGAAGAAACAGCGGUACGUGUUCCUGCAUGGCCUGGCGCAGCAGACGGGCGACCGCCGCCGGAUCCGCGACGAGCUCAUGAAUGUUCUUCUUGCUGGUCGCGAUACCACCGCCUCGCUGCUGAGUAACCUCUUCUUCAUGCUGGCCAAGCACCCGCGCAUCUGGGCCAAGCUGCGCGACGAGGUGGCCUCGUUGAACGGCCGGCCACCCACCUACGAGCAGCUGCGGAAUCUGACGUAUGUCAAGUAUUGCUUGAACGAAUCCCUCCGGCUGCACCCCGUCGUCCCUGGAAACGCCCGUUUCGCCAUCGCCGACACCGUCCUCCCCGUCGGCGGCGGGCCGGACGGCCAAUCCCCCGUUUUCGUCCCCAAGGACGCAAUCGUCACGUACAGCGUGUGGUCGAUGCAUCGCCGCGAGGACAUUUACGGCCCUGACGCAAAUGAGUUCCGCCCGGAGCGCUGGGCCGAUCUUCGCCCCGGAUGGGAGUAUCUCCCCUUCAACGGGGGCCCGCGUAUCUGUGUGGGACAGCAGUAUGCGCUUACGGAGGCAGGAUACGUGACUGUCCGGCUGGCGCAGCAGUUUGCGGUGCUGGAGAGUCGGGACCCGGGGCCGUGGGAGGAGAAUUUGACGCUGACCUUGUGUUCGAGGAACGGGACUAAGGUCAGCUUGAGGAAUUAAUUUGUCUUAGUCUCUCUAUUUCAUUGUAUCUACUUUUGAUGCUCUACUUUAUGACACUCUGUAUGACACUCUUCUUGUAUUGUAUAUCAUGAGUUUUAGGGUCUGGUCUGGCCAGCCAUAGGCCACGUUACUAUGGAACAUUAAUCCCCUCGGCAUCCUGCUCAUGCCCCGUUGCUCCCUCGAGCCAUGCCGCCGGCGGAGCCUUGUCGAUGAUACAAUUCCACCCAAACUUAUCCUCAAUCUUACCGGCCUGGAUGCCCUUGAGAGUCUGCAACAGUUUGACACAGACCUCGCCGCCACUCUGCCCAUCCUCGCC